CGUUGAAAAUCGUUGGACGGACCGGACCGGUGAGGUGAAUGAUCCAGCAAGUCGCCGCUUUGGUUUUGGUUUCUUGGCGAGCUGGGAUUCUGAUCCGGGGAGAAAAAGUUGCAAAACGGGAGAGGAAAAAGCGUAGACACGCACGCAGACAAAUUAAUCGGCAGAUGGCAUGGAACGGUGGCGGGUGGAGUCGUCGUCUCUCUUCUCUCGCCGCACGCGCCGGGAUGCGCUGCCCAAUGAGGACGCGCCACGCCCCACUGACGCAGCUCCUGAUGUCAUGUCAGUCAGUCAGUCAGUCCGUCCCUUUUCUAUACACGGCCCGUGCCAGCGGUGAGAGACUUCCGGGCUCCUUCCUUCAGACUCCGCCACUCCUCUUUCUCCCCUCUCCUAACAGCCGACGCCUACCUCCUCCUCUCUCCGCAGGCCGGCCUCUUCCCUGACCACUGACAAGGCAAGGCGCUCUGUCACUUGCAUGGACAAGGCCCAUCUGGGGGGUGGCGGAGGAGGAGGAGGCCUGCUAGCUCUCGACGCGUCGCCGCGCCCGCUCCGCUUCCUCAACCUGCUCGCGCCGCCACCGUUCCACAAGUCGUCGACCAUGGAGGCGGACGACGGCAAGGGGAGGAGGUCCAUCGAGGUGGACUUCUUCUCCGACGAGAAGAAGAGCAUGAACAAGGCCCGGGAGGAGGGGGGCCUCGGCCUCGCCAUCAAGAAGGAGGACCUCACCAUUAACCUCCUCCCCGGGAACAACACCAGGAGCGACCGGUCGGCGGUGGUCGACGACGACGCGGCGUCCCGGCGGCCCGAAGACGAGGACAAGAACCGCAACACCGACGAGCAGCAGCUGGCGGCGAUGCAGGCGGAACUGGGCCGCAUGAACGAGGAGAACCAGCGGCUGCGGGGGAUGCUCACCCAGGUCACCAGCAGCUACCAGGCGCUCCAGAUGCAUCUCGUCGCGCUCAUGCAGGAGCAGCAAAGCAGGGCUCAGCUGCUGCCUCCGACGACCCAGCCGCCGCAACCAGCACCUCCGACGACCCACCACGAGGAUGCCAAAGCCGAUGGCGCCAUCGUGCCGAGGCGAUUCAUCGAUCUGGGCCCCUCCGGCGAGGAGCCGUCCAACUCGUCGACGGAGGUCGGCAGCCCGCGCCGGACGUCGUCCACGGGCAAGGAUCAGCUGGAACGCGGAGACAGCCCGUCGACGGCGGGGUGGUUGGCUGAAGGACGCGGCGCGACGAGCCAGCAGCAGCAGCUGGGCAUGCAGGCGGCCAAGGUCCACGACCAGCAAGCGCAGGAGGCCACCAUGAGAAAGGCUCGCGUCUCCGUCCGCGCGCGAUCCGAAGCUCCAAUCAUCGCUGAUGGGUGCCAAUGGCGGAAGUACGGGCAGAAGAUGGCCAAGGGGAACCCGUGCCCACGUGCCUACUACCGGUGCACCAUGGCCAACGGCUGCCCCGUACGCAAGCAGGUGCAACGAUGCGCCGACGACCGCUCCAUCCUCGUCACCACGUACGAGGGCACGCACAACCACCCGCUCCCGCCGGCCGCGAUGGCCAUGGCCUCCACCACGUCCGCCGCGGCCUCCAUGCUGCUCUCGGGCUCCAUGCCCAGCGCGGACGGCGCCGGCCUCAUGAGCUCCAACUUCCUGGCGCGCACCGUGCUGCCCUGCUCCUCCAGCAUGGCCACCAUCUCCGCCUCCGCGCCCUUCCCCACCGUCACGCUCGACCUCACCCAUGGCUCGCCCAACGGGGUGCCGCUCAGCGCCGCGCGCCCGCCCGUACAGCCGCAGUUCCAUGUGCCGCUGCCUGGUGGCGGGGCGGCCCCGGCCUUCGCCGUGCCGCCGCAGGUGCUUUACAACCAGUCCAACUUCUCCGGCCUGCACAUGUCAUCCGACAACCCAGCUGAUGCCGCGCCGAUCGGCCUGCCGGGCCCGCUGGCCGACACCGUCAGUGCUGCUGCGGCGGCGAUCACGGCGGACCCCAACUUCACGGUGGCGCUGGCGGCAGCCAUCACGUCCAUUAUCGGAGGAGGCCAGCACGCAGCCGACAACGCCGUCACCACCACCACCAACAAUAAUGUCACGAGCAGCAGCAACAACACGAGCAGCAGCAACAACACCAACAGUGAGACCCAGUGAAUGUCAUCAAAUGACUAGAGAAUUCUAUAUAUUCGUCAGAUAGAGAUUCUUGAUUUCUUUCCUUAAUUUGGUUUUUGAUAGAUAGCAAAUUGGGGCAGGGGUUCAUACACCACAUCUUCACUCUUUCUUUUUCUUUUUCUUUUUCUUUUUUGCCAAGGAUAUCUUCACUCUUUUUUCUUUCUUUUCUUAGUGGUUGUAUUAAUUUAUUGCCUCUUCCUUGCGAGCAACUAGCUGUUGAUAUAUAUAUUAUAUACA